ACACUGGAAAAAUUUUGGAGUGCGGUUCUGUGGUGCAUGAUGUACUGGGAAAGGGAAAGAAUGGGACGGCGCACACUAUAUGUAGUUGUAGUCGUUCGCAGGAAAGUGUGGAAAGUUAAAGUCGUAGCCCUAUAGUAAUAGUGGGGCGAUGCCAAGCCAGAGGAAGAAAAGCGGGAAUGCCUCAGUCCAGGCAGAGGAUAAAAAGCAAACAAACAAACUGGGGAUCUGUUUUGUAUGUACAUUUCAAUUCGCUCUCCUUCUUCACAAAAUCGUAAUUCUAUACAACAGACAACAUACACGUCUCUCUAUACGUCUAAUCGCCCUUGAACUAACCCAGCGCCUGCGGAAUUUGAAACAGCCAUGGCAGAAACUAUAGCCUCCUCUAGCGCCCCUACAACAUCUGCUACGCCUACCACCUCGCCGCAGGUCUCCACAGAUGUAGAGUCCAGCGCUGCCGUGACCGCAUCAGAUACCUCGAUUGUACCUCAAAGCAGCUCCGUCACCACCACUUCUGAGUCUACCACAUCUACCACAUCUACCACCGAAUCGAGCACUGCUCCUUCAUCUGCAGAAUCCUCAACAGAUCCCAUCACAUCCUCGACUUCAACUUCCGCCUCUCAGCAGCCAUCAGUCGAACCUUCAAGUACAUCUUCCAGUCAAUCGGUCGAGCCCAGUUCCAUACCAAUCAGUUCCUCAUCAUCAAUCGAGCCUUCCACAAGUACCGAACCUAUCACAAGCACUGUAACAAGCACAUCGUCUUCUUCCUCCGAGGAUCCGACUUCAAGUACCUCUUCGUCUAGCGAUGCCACAUCUGCUAGUGAAAGGCAUUCUACCAGUGUUGUCGUUGUCACCGUGACAGAUUCUAACGGGUCAAUGCGUGUAACUGCGUCGUCGAUCGCGACGGGCGCAGCAACAGACACUGAGAAUUCAGGUAGUGGUACCAACAUCGGUGCCAUCGUCGGUGGUGUAAUCGGUGGUGUUGCUGGUCUCGCUAUCAUUCUUGCUUUGUUGUGGUUCUUUUGUAUCAGGCGCAGAAGAAACAACGAACAGGCAUUCGAUGAAAAGACUUUUGACCCUUCACGAGCGGCUCGCCAUUCUGUCAACGAUCCCAUGGACCUCUUGUCUCCAUCCGUCCCCGCGGUUGGCGGCGCUGCUUUUUCGGGUAACUCAACUCCUCGUGUCGAUCCUUUCCCCUUCCAAAAUGCUUCAUCUCCCGAAGACCAACCUUACGACCCUAUCUCUCAUGCUCCCAUGCGCAUGCCUGACGCCCGUGAUUACAUGGGUGGCGCUUACGAUCCAUAUGGUGGGAUGGAAGGCGGGUAUGGCCUUGCUGCUGGGGCUGGUGCCGGUAUUGGCGCCGGUUCUGCCGCUGACCACUACAACUAUGGUGAAAGUGCCCACAGCUCUAGCGACUAUCCCUCCAGCGUGAGCCCCACCCAGACUUCUGCGGCAAUGGCCAAGCAAAGAGAGGCUGCUGCGGAGCGACGAACGAGCAGGACGAGUAGUGGAUACAAUGUGCCGAGUGGCAGUGGUAACGGUCCCCAAGAAGUGAUUGGAAGCCCGGCGCCGUCAGAGACUGGUGGAAGGAGGGAGAGUGGGAUUAGUGAGGGGCGUACAUCCGUCUACCAACAUACUGAUAUGAAAUCCCUGCCUGACGAAGAAGAGGAGCAGUUAGAUGAAAUUCCUCCGGACUAUCAGUCCAUAUCUCGGCAAACCCAGUGAUAAGCACAAUUUCAGAGUGUUUGUCCCGCGGUAUUUCCGGCUCUUAUCUUUCUCUUAUCCUUCUAUAAUCGUAUUUUCUUUUUUACGUCGAUCAGUGGUAAUGUGGCAAUGACUAUGCCCGUUUACGUUCUUGGAUCAUUGCCAUAUCAUGCAACAUCUUCGUGUAAAUUUAUGUUCGGAACUUGUUUUUCGUUUGAUAUCCAUUCGCGAACUUGCAAUCCAAAAUCUUGGAGAUUUACAACGACAAUUGAUGAUACAUACAUGGCAUGUUAUCCUUUUAUUGUACAAUUCA